AUGUCGACGCCGACGCCAAUCGAGGUGUCCAAUUCCGGCGUGACUAACGUCCACCGCAACGAUGCCCUCGAGGCUGAGAAGCUUGGCGUGGAUGUGGAGGAGGUUGUUGUUACUCGAAUUUCCGAGGAAGAUCUGGUACGAAUCUCACGUGAAUGCCUGGAUAUCCACUCUGCAACAGGCUAUCGCAUUGCUUUGAUUACGCUCGUCAUGGGCUUCAAUAUGGCUGGUGGUGCUAUCCUGGGCACCAUCAACGGCCUUAUGACCAUUGGAAACUUCUGUGGUGCACCUUUGCUCGCACUAGGAGACGUCAUCGGUCGACGAGGUGUAAAUUUCGCAGGCAACGUGAUCGUCAUCAUCGCUGCUCUUCUGCAAGGCCUAGCGCCUAACCUUGCCGCCCUCAUGGUUGGCCGAUUCCUCCUUGGCUUCGGUUCUUCAAUGGCAUCGGCGCCUCAGUAUGUUGCAGAGAUCGCGCCCAUGCAUCUUCGUGGACGACUAGUCGGCUUCUUCGGCACAUUCUUCCAAUUUGGGUCUGUCAUAAUGAUCGGUGCUAUGACAGGUUUUACAAAAUGCUUGAAGCAGCAUGCUGAGUCAGAGAGAAUAGGGAACAAUAACUACCAGUGGCGCAUCCCACUGAUCCUGGAAGCCCUUUUCCCCUUGCUCGUCUGUAGCACUAUCUACUUCUUAUGCCCCGAGUCUCCCCGUUAUCUCAUCCUCAAGGGUCGGCGAGAAGAAGCGCGAAGAGUUAUUGCCAAAUAUAUGACGACUCACAACGACGUCGACGCCCCUAUUGUCCCAUUGAUCAUGCAGCAGAUGGAAGAGUCCAUCGAGUCGUCCCGGACGGGCAAAUGGGCCGCAUACGACUACCGAGUCUUCUUCACCAAGGCCGUCGGCUAUCGGACCUUCGUGUUGAUCCUCUACUCAAUCUUCCAACAAUGGAAUGGCGGCGCAAUCAUCUCGUACUACCUCUCGCCCGCGCUAGACACGAUUGGCAUCACCGCGGCAGUGGACCAACUAGGCAUAAAUUUGGGCUCCACAAUGGUUUAUUUCGUUUUUGAGUUCGUGGGCGCCUUCCUUGUCGAUAUCUUCCGUCGACGGACGCUCAUCUUCGCUGGCCUGAUUACCUUCAUCCUUUGUCAGUUCGCGGCAACAAUCACAAGCUGGCAAUAUUCGCUUCACGAGUCGCAUGCCGCGGCCGUCUUGACCGUCGUCUGGAUCUUCAUUUACCAGGUAUGCAGCGCAUCGCUGAUCGCGACCAUGCACAAUCUUUACCCUGUCGAGAUCCUGUCACUCCCGCUUCGAGCCAAGGGGAUGGGUUUCUACAACAUGGUCCAAGGUGCUGCUGGUGUGGUGCAGAACUAUGGAAUCAGCGUGGGUAUCCAAAAGGUUGGGUACAAGAUCUGGGUUGUCUACAUCGUGUACAACACUCUGCAACUAAUUGCGGCUUAUUUUGUCUUCCCAGAGACGAGUAAGCUGAAUUUGGAAGAGAUUGACACUAUAUUCGAGACACCGGGGUCCAAUCCGGUCAAGCUGAGUUUGAAGAUUGAGAAAGCGAGGGAAGAGAAGGAGAGGCUAGAAAGGGAAAGUGGUGCCUGA